UGCCUGUCAACAUUAAAGCUCGAGCUCCCCUGUUGGAAAGACCGUCAUCAACAAAACCAUUUGAGGUUAUUGAAAUGGACAUCAAACGUCCUCUACCGAAAACCGACGGCGGAUAUCAAUACAUAUUUGUUAUACAAGAUGCCUCCUCGCGGUAUGCAGAAAUGUGUGCCAUACGGAGACAAACAGCCGAUGAAGUUUGUGAGAAACUACAAGAAUGGAUUGGAAGGUAUGGUAUUCCAACACAUUUUCAUUCAGAUAAUGGUCCAUGUUUGUAAGUCAUGUCUUUAAAGAAUUUUGCAAACAAUACGGUAUUCGACAUUCGUUUUCAACACCUUAUCACCCACAGGCUAAUGGAUCUGUUGAACGUCUUAACCGCUCUCUGGGUGAAUCUUUGUCUAAGAUGGUUGCGUCACAUCAACGAGAUUGGUAUGACCAUCUCUUUGCAGCACAAUUUGCUCACAAUACAGCAUACCACGAAACCAUGGGAGAUACACCUUAUAGAAUCGUUUUCAAAGAUUCCCCAAGAACUAUGUUAGACGUAGCAGCGGAUCUGGUAUAUUCUGAGUCAACAGAUGAACAUCAACUACCUACCGUGUAUGCUGACCAAGAACAGGAGAAAGUUGCAGAAAUGUACGCUAAUGUCGAAAGUAGAUCCAAGCAGAUGAAGGAAGCUAGACAACAAUAUCAAAAAAAAAGUUCAAAAUUUUCGUAAGUAUAAGAUCGGUGACCUGGUAUGGAUAACAGCAACGUCUCGACGGGUGAAGAAGUCUCGAUCACUGUCUCCCAGGUGGACAGGUCCCUAUACAAUAAUUCAACCUUUGUCGGAUGUCGUCUAUUUGCUGUAAAGAUGUCGCGGAAAGAAAACUAUUUCUGUUCAUCACGAUCGGAUGAAACCAUACAAGUCAAGGCCCGUACAUCUCACAUCGAAUGAACGAUCGGAAGUGAUAUGUCAACCGAUUGGUAAUCUCCAACACGAUAAGACGGAUCCUGGACGGGAUAAAGGGUCCAAGGAAUGGGAAUGUUGUUCAGGAGACGUUGACCAACUGGAGAAUGGCAGCGAUGACGAUAUGGACCAACUGGAGAAUGGCAGCGAUGACGAUAUGGACCAACUGGAGAAUGAUAACGAAGACAGUAUGGGUGAAGACCACAAUGGUGAUGAUGCAGUUCGAAUCCAAAGUCCCGUCCGCAAUCGACGUCGCCCACAGCGAUACGGAGAUUACCUAAUGCAUUCCGACAUUGAUUCUAGUAUGGACUCUGAUUAAGUCUAUUCGCUAAUUAAGUUAAUUAGAGAAGGGUAUUUUAGACACUUUUUAGAGGGGGAGUGAUGUAAUGUAGUGUAUGGUCACGUGAUACUUCAGUGAUGCCAUUUAGUCUGCAGCGCUUUAAUAAUAGCUCAUUCUUGAUA